CCUUAAUCGUGCUGAUGGAGUGUCACUUUAUACACGGUCCCUAAACAGAUGGGCGCUCCCCGUGUGUGCUGGUGCUGAUGCAGACGCAGACAGACACAAGCAUCUAACCGGACAUAAAACACAGGAGGUGUUGUAAAGUGAUGCUUUGACAGUUUGAAGGGCUGGAUUUCAGGAGUUUCCUGGGCUCCCUGAUGGAGGAGAAUAGCACAGUGGAGAGAUGCUAUCGCUCUCACUCCCGCAGCAGUGUGCUGCAAGGUCUACCCUUUGGAGGAGUUCCCACUGUCCUCGCUAUCAACAUCAUUCUGUGGCUGUUCCUGCUACUCCUCUUCUCCUGUUUGAGGAAGGCAGCGUGGGACUACGGUCGCUUGGCUCUACUGAUGGAGAAUGACAGCUUAACAUCUUUAUUUUAUGGAGAACAAAGCGAGAAAGAGAAAACCCCUUCAGAAUCCAGUCCAUCUGAUUCAGAGACCAAGGACAUGGGCUUCUGUUCCUGGCUUACAUCUCUGUACCACAUGAAGAAUGAAGAGAUCCGCAGUAAAUGUGGUAUUGAUGCGGUCACGUACCUGUCAUUCCAGCGUCACAUUAUUCUGCUCAUGAUGGUGGUGUGUCUGCUUUCUCUCACCAUCAUCCUGCCUGUCAACCUCUCCGGGAACCUCCUUGAAGAUAGCCCUCAGAAUUUUGGCCGAGCAACAGUGGUGAACGUCCCAGCAAAGAACACAUUUCUGUGGUUGCACAGUAUCUUUGCUCUGUUGUAUUUUGUGAUCACUGUGCUGUGCAUGGCCCACCAUGCCUCACGACUGGAAUACAGGGAGGAUGAAAAGGUGGCCAGAACUCUAAUGAUCACUUCCAUACCCAGAGAAAUCUCUGAUCCCGGCCUGAUUACCAAACAUAUGCAUGAGGCGUACCCCAGCUGUACCGUCACAGACGUCCUAUUCUGCUUUGACGUACAAAAACUGAUGAAGCUGGACUCAGAAAGACGUAAAGCCAUGAAAGGAAGGCUGUAUUUCACAACUAAAUCUCAGAAGGAAGGGAGGAUCAUGAUAAAGAUGCACCCCUGUGCUCAGAUCUUCUGCUGUGAUAUAUGUGGCUUUGAACAGGUGGAUGCAGAGCAGUACUACAGUGAGCUGGAGGAGAAACUGACAGAUGAGUUUAAUGCAGAGAAAAACCGCAUCUCUAUGAAGAGGCUGGGCAUUGCCUUUGUCACCUUCAGAGAUGAAAGGAUGACUGCAGUUAUUGUAAAAGACUACAGCCGAGCUCGUUGCCACCACAGACCCCAGCAGUCCAGCAUUACAACAGUAGUGCGCUCACAUCAGUGGGGGGUUUCUUAUGCCCCUGCCCCCAGUGACAUCAUAUGGGAAAAUCUGUCAGUGUGUGGCUCUCGCUGGUGGCUCCGAUGUGUCCUGCUCAACAUUACGCUCUUCCUCCUGCUCUUCUUUCUCACAACCCCUGCUAUCAUUGUAAAUACUAUGGACAAGUUCAAUGUCACUCAGCCAGUUGAAAGCCUAAGGAACCCAGUAAUUACCCAGUUUUUCCCCACCCUACUCCUGUGGGCCUUUUCCAUCCUCCUGCCCUUCAUAGUGUACUAUUCAUCAUUCUUUGAGUACCACUGGACCAGGUCCAGUGAGAAUCAGGUUACCAUGCACAAAUGUUUCUUACUGCUUGUCUUCAUGGUCAUUAUUCUACCAUCACUGGGUCUGUCAAGCUUGGAUUUGUUCUUCAGGUGGCUUUUUGACAUCCACUUCCUUGAUGAAACAGAUUUGAAGUUUCAGUGUGUGUUUUUGCCUGAUAAUGGGGCAUUCUUUGUGAAUUAUGUGAUCACGUCUAGUCUGAUAGGAACGGCUAUGGAGCUGUUGCGUAUUCCUGCACUGCUGGUGUAUUCUCUUCGCCUCUGUUUUGCCAAAUCUAAAGCUGAGCGAAUCCACGUUAAAAGGAGUCAGGCCUAUGAGUUCCAGUUUGGUCUUGAAUAUGCCUGGACCAUGUGCAUAUUCUCAGUCAGCAUGACCUACAGCAUCAUCUGCCCCAUCAUUGUACCUUUCGGGUUGCUCUACCUUGUUCUGAAGCAUAUGGUAGAUCGCUAUAAUAUCUACUACGCCUAUAUACCCACAAAGCUCAGCCAGCGGAUCCACUUGGCUGCCAUCAGUCAAGUGGUAGUGGCACCCAUUCUCUGCAUGUUCUGGUUGCUGUUCUUCUCUGUGCUCAGACUGGGUCCAAUGCAGCCCAUCACUCUGUUUACCUUUGGAACUCUACUGUCCUGUAUUGCCUUCUCCUGCUUUGGCGUGUGUCUCAAAAAACUACAUCCUAACAGAUCAACAAGCUAUCAGAUGUCUGAUCAGGAAACAGAAGGAGUCUUCAGUGAUGCAGAGAGAAGCACUGUAUCUAGCACAACCACAGCUAAUGUUUUUAUAGCGUCCGUCCUGCUGGAGCCAGAGCUGAGUCUGACUCCCAUGCCUUCUCCGGCCCACCAGAGUUACGGCACCAUGGGGAACAGCCAGAGUUCAGUGCAUGACACUGAAGAGGGGGAGGAGAAAGACCUGGAGGAAAUUCUGGAGACUGAACUCAAGGAUGACCUAGUUUGCCCCAGCCCUCUCAUGGACAGCCCUGUGGGUUUCAAGUGACCCGCCUCGCCCCCUCGCCCUGCUCCCAUCCCCAGAGCUCAAGCCCCAUGCCUCAUCUUAGCUAGUGGCUGAUACAGAGGCACUAUGCUGCAAUUUUUUGUCCUCCACAACCUCCAUUUACAGACUAAAUAGGGUCAUCCAAGCUUCAAACUGCUUCAAAAGCUUGUUGAUGGGGAAUUUGCUGAGAUGGUGGUUUUAGUUCUGAAGACUUUGAUGAGCUUUCAAAGAUAUACCACAGGCUCCAUCUGAAGUGGAUAAAAGCAACAACAACAAAAAAGAGACCAGUCCAGUUGUUUUGCUCUGACUACGCUUUCUACUUUCUCAAUAUUCUCUUGUAUUUUCCUUUCCUGCGUAAUCAAAUGAAUGGGUGUCUGUCAUUAUGGUUGAUUGAACCUUGGAACUCUGUACUUUGAAAGAUUUUUUGGUGUACUUUUUUAGACAUAGUCAUCAUGUAGCUCCAAAGAGAGGCAGUGCCCCAGACAUGCAAAUCUAAUUUGUUUAUGAAUCCUUUUGCUGUUAUUUCAGCUUGUGCUCAUUAUUGUCUAUUUUAUUAACUACUUGUAUUUUAGCAGUGGUACAGUAUGUAAUUGUGCAACAUUAUGCCAAGAGGGUGUUGUUUUCAUGUGUUUACUAUUGUUAGAUUAUUAUUGCAUUUAUUAACACCUUCAAAUUUUUGCCCUUCUUUUGCCCAAUCCCCAGUUACCCUUUUUUUUCUGUGACAAUAGCAGUUGUGCUUUGGCAUUUUUCUUUUCAUUUAAAGUUUGUUUUGAAGAAUAGACAGUUGGUCUUUGGAAGAGAUGUAAAAAGACAUUCGAAAGUUAACUACUUUUGAAACGGUGUAUUUUUACAUUUUAUCCCAGUGAAGUACCUUACCCCAUUGUGAAAGUAAUGGUUCACCCAAAAAUUAUUUUUCUCUCAUCAUUUACUCACCCUUAUGCCAUCU